AUGUCUGGAGAUAAUGCUCCAAAAUGGCGUUAUCGAACACGACCUGAUACUAAGGCUUUUGAAAGAAUACCAAACUAUGAUUAUGACGAUGACGAUGAUAGUAACGAUUCUGAUGAUAGUAUAAAAUUUCAUUACAAUUCAAUAGGACAUUAUAAAAAGCCUGUUAUUUUAAAUAAAGAUAAAAAAAAUGAACCGUUAGAAGAUAUACCUAAUGAAAACACACUACCAACCAUGGCACCAUUGGAAACUUCUGAAGAAACUUUUUACAGUAACAUAUUGGGAAGUCUUGAAGGUGGAUUGCGUUUUUUAAUUUGUCAUCCUUGUAAUGUUAUAAGAAGGCAGUGCCAAGUACAUCAAUUUGCAAAAUCUUUACAUCUCCAACCGUUUACACUAAUCCCUGUGAUAUGUAGAUCAAUCUCAAAUGAUGGACUUAUGUCUUUAUGGAAAGGAUCCAUUGGUAAUAUAUUUGUUUGUGGAAUAUCCUAUUUAGUUGAGAUUGUAGUCUCUGAUGUAUUCAAUUUACCACAUAAAAUUCUUUCAAAUGAUACAACAAAAAGAUAUUGGAGACAUAUUGGAAUGAAGGCAAUAUCGUUUGCAUUGGUCAUGCCUUUUCAUAUAUCUGCAUUUAUUGAAACAGUUCGUUCUAGAGCAGGAUUGUCACCAGGAGACUAUAGAUUUACUGAAGUAUUAACUAAUGGAAUAGAUAGAUUAAAGUAUGAUAUAUUAGGACCAAGAGACAAUUCAAGAAAAUUUUCUAUUUUUUAUUUAUCAAUUCCUGGUACAUUAUAUUAUACGGCUCACUAUAUGAUUACCUUAAAAUCAUAUAAUUUUAUACACCAAACAGUAACAAAUUAUGUAAUGCGUAAAAAACCUUCAGAAAGAACUUUGUUUCAUCGAUUUUUGCCAAAGACAAUUGCAUCACUUACCUCAAUUAUUGUAGCUGAUGCAUUAUUAUAUCCAUUUGAAACCGUUCUUCAUCGUUUAUAUAUUCAAGGUACAAGAACAUUAAUUGAUAAUAUGGACACAGGAGCUUCUGCUAUUUCUAUUUCUGCUAAAUAUUUAGGGGUAAGAGAUUGUAUUCAACAAAUGUGGGAAAAAGAACAUAAAUGGGUUUUUUUGAGUGGUAUUGGUGCUCUUAUGCUUCAGUCAACUUUACAACUUUCACUAUUAAAAUGUACUCGUUAUGCCUUAGAAUAUGGUACCAAAACAUUGCAUACAACCUCUGAAUUAACUCCUAUGAUCCACUCUACAAGUACAUUACCCAGAGAACCUAGACUAUGA